UGAUCACAUGAUCGCGGGUGGACUGGCCGUGGCUGAACUGGGUGCGGGAACAGAAACGUGCACUUGGGUCGGCCUGUCACUCGCCUCCCCUUGUUGUGCUCUUCGUUCACCCCAAAAGCGCGGAUCUUCGCUCUGAGCCCGGGUCAAAACCCUUGCGUUUACAACAAACCGACAGGCUGCAGUUGAACAAUGGGACCCUCUCCGUAUCCCGCCAAUGCUAUGGAUCGUAUCCCAAAUAAAGCGAUUUUCGCCUGAGACGGAAACAUAACAGGAUUGUUUUUUUUGGGAGUGACUCACCUCCCCUUCCCCAGAGUUUGAUUCAAAAAAAAGAGUUCACAACCAAGAUGGCCGCCGAUCCCAUGCAGGCUCACAUGGUUUCGGACCAGCUGGGCCUGGGGCACAACCUUGACCUGUCUGAUACCAUGGUGCAGCAGAAGCUUGACGAAAUCAAGGAGCAGAUCAAGAGGGAGAUCCGCAAAGAGCUGAAGAUCAAAGAGGGGGUGGAGAACCUUAGAAAGGUCACCACGGAAAAAAAGAGACUGGCAUAUGUUGAUAAUAUGCUCAAGAAGUCCAACAAGAAGUUAGAGGAGCUUCAUCAAGAGCUGCAGGAACUCAACGCUCAUAUUGUGGUGAAGGAUCCAGAAGAUCUUCUCUUAGAGAGCCCUCUUAUGCUGGACAGCCCUAAAAGUGAGGCACGGACAUUCACUAUCAGCAGCAGACUAGCAGCCCUGAAAAAACAGAACGACAUUGAAUUAAAGGUGAAACAGGGGGCUGAGAACAUGAUCCAGAUGUAUUCAAAUGGCUCCUCAAAGGACAGAAAACUGCUUGAAACAGCACAGCAGAUGCUCCAGGACAGCAAAACCAAGAUCGAGUUCAUCCGCAUGCAGAUCCUCAAAGCCAGCCAAACCAGCGAGCUCAGCUUCGACGACAAUGAUGUCAUUGCCAAACCCAUCAUCAGUCCACUGGACCUGCGGGUGGAGGAACUUUGCCAUCACACACGGAUAGAGUACGCUGUGGCCGAGGGGGCCAAGAAUGUCAUGAAGCUGUUGGGCUCUGGUAAACUGGCUGAGAAAAGGGCUCACUCAGAGGCCCAAGCCAGAUUCAAUGAGUCCAGUCAGAAGCUGGAUCUGUUGAAGUAUUCACUGGAGCAGAGACUCAAUGAGCUUCCGAAGAACCACCCCAAGAGCAGUCUGAUCAUGGAGGAGUUAUCGCUCAUGUCCUCUCCGGCUCUCAGUCCCCGUCAGAGCUUCAUAUCCAUACAGAACCACAACAGCACUGUUAAAAACCAGUACAGCACCAAACCAGCUGCGCUCACAGGCAGGUUAGAGGUUCGUCUCAUGGGAUGUCAGGACCUGUUAGACAGCGUUCCUGGCCGGUCUAAAGCCACGUCGGUGCCGCUGCCCGGUUGGAGCCCCAGUGAAACGCGCUCCUCUUUCAUGAGCCGUGGGAGCCGCAGAGGAACCAGCGUUCGAAAUCUCUCCAAAAAUGAUGACUUGUCCAAUGAGAUUAGUGCCGUCCUGAAGCUUGACAACACUGUCGUUGGUCAGACCAGUUGGAAACCUGUCAGUAAUCAGUCAUGGGACCAGAAGUUUACAUUAGAGCUAGACCGGUCUCGUGAGCUGGAGAUCUCUGUGUAUUGGAGAGAUUGGCGGUCCCUUUGUGCGGUGAAAUUCCUACGACUGGAAGACUUCCUGGACAACCAGCGGCACGGAAUGUGCCUUUACCUCGAGCCAAAAGGGACUCUGUUUGCAGAGGUUACCUUUUUUAAUCCAGUCAUUGAGCGAAGAACCAAACUCCAAAGGCAGAAAAAGAUCUUCUCAAAGCAACAAGGGAAACCGUUCCUGCGGGCCCCUCAGAUGAGCAUUGGUACCUGGGGCCGGUUGGUAAGGAGGGCCAUUCCCUCUCCCAAUAACUCAUUUAGUCCUCAAGUGGCAGUGCUGGCAGCUGAGACGCUUCACAGCAGUCACCCAGGAACCCCUGCUCUGAGGAGUGACCCAAUAGUGACAAAACUGGACUUUGACAAAGAUGCCACACCAAAGCUUUUCUCAGAAGUCCUGCCCGAGGACAAGAUCCCCAACAAAGAGCAAAAACGGGGCACUUUGACCUCAUUUGACUACCGAAACGACAGGAAUAGCAUCAUUGUUCAGUCUGACCUUGAAGAAACACAGGAAAGUGAGACUCAGCCAUCAGCGUUACAGCUCAUAACGGUCCAAAAGCACACAGAAAUAAGGGACGAAGAGGAGGAAGAACAGUUUCAUUUCAGUCUUAAAGACUUUAAAUGUGUUGCAGUGUUAGGCCGUGGACAUUUUGGAAAGGUGUUAUUAGCGGAAUACAGUAUUACAGGUGAAAUGUUUGCCAUCAAGGCCCUUAAGAAGGGAGAUAUUGUUGCCCGUGAUGAGGUUGAAAGUUUGAUGUGUGAGAAGAGGAUAUUUGAGACUGUGAACAGCGUGCGGCACCCGUUCCUCGUCAAUCUUUUUGCAUGUUUCCAGACCAAGGAGCAUGUUUGUUUUGUGAUGGAGUACGCGGCGGGAGGAGACCUCAUGAUGCACAUUCAUGCCGAUGUGUUUUCAGAGCCCCGGGCGACGUUUUACGCAGCUUGUGUUGUCCUGGGGUUACAGUUUUUACACGAGCAUGAGAUUGUAUACAGAGAUCUGAAGUUGGAUAACUUACUGCUUGACACAGAGGGAUUCGUCAAGAUUGCUGAUUUCGGUCUUUGUAAAGAAGGAAUGGGUUACCAGGACAGGACGAGCACUUUCUGUGGCACUCCUGAGUUUCUGGCUCCUGAGGUGUUAACUGAAACGUCCUACACGCGUGCGGUGGACUGGUGGGGGCUCGGCGUGCUCAUCUUUGAGAUGCUUGUCGGGGAGUCUCCAUUUCCCGGUGAUGAUGAAGAAGAGGUUUUUGACAGCAUUGUAAACGAUGAAGUCCGCUACCCAAGAUUCCUCUCAACAGAGGCCAUCUCCAUCAUGAGAAGGUUAUUAAGAAGGAAUCCCGAGCGACGACUUGGAGCCGGUGAACGUGACGCAGAGGAUGUGAAGAAACAACUGUUCUUCAGAAAUAUUGACUGGGAUGGACUUUUAGCAAAGAAAGUGAAGCCACCAUUUGUACCCAUAAUCCAGAGCUCCAGUGACGUUAGUAAUUUUGAUGAUGAAUUUACCUCAGAGGCUCCGGUGCUCACACCACCCAGAGAACCCCGGCCCUUGACCCCGCACCAGCAGGACCUGUUUGCAGACUUUGACUAUAUCGCAGACUGGUGUUAGCCAUGUGUUGGCAUCCCUCCCUCCUCUCUAAACACACACAAGACAGAAAAUGUGAAUCAGACCGUUUGCAAAUGUCCUUUUGUUGUUGUUGUCAGUGUUAUUUUAGAAUUACCAGAUCCCCUUUUCCGUAUUAACAUGAUGAAGAAAUUAACAUAACAUAACAAUGGAGUAUUGUAUUACCAACAUGUUCGGGAUAAUUAUUCAAUUUCAUCAGGGCCUAAGCACUGAUCAUGAAAACCAUGCACCGAAUAGUUUAGUUUUCAACUGUACUGUUGACUUACCGCAGCUCGUGCUCGUGACAUGUGAAGCAUGUGAUCCGGUGCUUCUCUGACACCCCCUAGUGUUGAGGAAGUCAACAGGCCACAUCCACAUUCAACUUGCCCACAGAAUUUCAUCACUUAACGGAGAACGAUGAGCCUUGAUUUCCAUAGUUUUGUAUUUGAAGCAUUUACAGUGCGACUGGUUAAAAGUCUGUCAGCUGUCAAUGUUAAUUGUGUGGAAGUGUUUAAAAAAGCCAUAGACCGGUGAUAAUUUGUACCUCGUCCAGUGAAUGUAUAGUUUGCCACUAUUGCCAAAACAUCUAGCCAUUUUUAUGUAAUGGAGUCUUUACUCUUCCCUACAGUACAAUAUUAAUGCAUCAUGAUCCUAGUUUCAACGAAUCUCAAAUAUGAACUACCAGUUACAACUCUGCCAAUAUAUAUAUAUGACAGUUUAUAAAAGGACUUUGGUAUAUGUCAGUGUUUUAAAACAGGAAAUGCAUUUACUUCCAAUCAGGAAGUUAUUUUUCUAUCAUUUUUUAAGGAUAUGGUCAGGUUAUGUUUUUGAUACCAGACUUUAAGCUGUCAGUGGAUUUACACUUCCGUUCAAAAGUUUGGGGUCAGUACGAUUUGUUUGAAAAAAAAAGGGCUGAAAAUUCAGCAAUGACGUCACAGAAAUAAAUCAUAUUCAAGUAGUAACCAGUAAUUUAAAAUGUUUAUAUUUCAGUGUUGCUGUUUUUGUCGUAUUUUUGUUCAGAUGAAUGCAGCCUUGGUGAGACUGAGAGAUUUCUUUCAAAAACGUUGCAAAAUGUUACCAACCUCAGACUUUUGAACAGUAGUGUGUAUGUGUGACAGGCAAUCACAUUACCUCAUUAUUCCCUACUGAACUUCCUCCAUUUCAUGUUUUUCCAUAUGUGGUCAUGAGACAUGACAGACUGGAAUCUUUGCUAGACACCAAAUAUCAAAAUGUAUAUACUAAUAACUGGUCUAGAUGUUCAAAACUAGGCCUGAAGCUUCAUAUGUGUAAUAAGCAAGUGGAGGGGUAGAUGCUAGUUUGAGGUCUGGUGCAUUAUACAGGCUACACUACAUAACAUCAAGCUGGAAGCACUAAUUUUUGACAAAAAUGUCCAUGUUUUAUAUAAAUUGUUGGAAAACAAAGGAUUGUACAAAGGCUUUCUACUCAUAUGUCUGAGCAUGAUGCAGAAGAAAAGUUUCAAAGGUACAGUUGUGAAGUUUGACUUGACAAUGGUGUAAAUACCAGGGUUUCGCUAAAACUGUCAGCCAUCAUUAAAUGUUUAUUAUGUAA